GCCAAUCCCCGGCGGGGCGCGGGCGGUGCCGGCCCGCCCCGGGGCUCCGCUGCGGAGCGCCGUCCCGGCGGCUCCGAGCCCCGUUCGGCUCCAUGGAGGCAGCCAACGGGGCCGUGCCCGACGGCGCGGCGGGGGGAAAGGGAGGCAGCGCGGCCGCGCCGUCGGGGAAAAAGGAGGUGAAGAUGGUGAUCGUGGGGGACGGCGGCUGCGGGAAGACGUCGCUGCUGAUGGUGUACGCGAAUGGCGCUUUCCCUGAGCAAUACGCACCGUCUGUGUUUGAGAAGUAUGCCACCAGCAUCACCAUCGGCAAAAAGGAGGUCAUCCUGAACUUGUACGACACUGCAGGGCAGGAGGACUAUGAUCGGCUGCGACCGCUCUCUUACCAGAACACAAACGUCGUGUUAAUUUGUUACGAUGUCAUGAACCCCACCAGCUAUGAUAAUGUAGCAGAUAAGUGGUAUCCUGAAGUGAAUCACUUCUGCCAGGGUGUCCCCCUGGUACUGAUUGGCUGCAAAACAGACCUUCGGAAAGACAAAGAGCAGUUGCGUAAGCUCAGGGCUUCUAAGCAGGAGCCCAUUACUUACAACCAGGGUGAAGCUGCUUGCCAGCAGAUAAAUGCAGAAAUUUAUCUGGAGUGCUCAGCAAAAUGCCGUGAAAACAUAGAAAAGGUUUUUAAAGAAGCAACAACUAUUGCAUUGAGUGCCAUGAAAAAAGCCAAGCGCCAAAAGAAGCAGAGAGCAUGCUCAGUGUUAUGAUCUGGACUACAAGAGAGCAUUGACAGCUAUGAACCAAGUUACUUGAUUUUAGCAACAGAGUGACAACUCCUUCUUCCCCCCAAGACAAUUUUUGUAUUCCUGCAAUGAUUUCUAUUUUAAAAUUUUAAUACUUUUUAGGGUUUUGUUUUUUUUUUUUAACUUUGUUUUUUCUUUUUUACAUUUAAAACCUUUUGCCUCAUUGCUCUCACAAAGUUUUCAAGGCUCUUUAUCAAGGCUACCUGAUGCUACACAUUCACCUGGCUUUUGCUCUUACCAGCAAGCCCACCAACAGUCUGGUCUUGGAUUCACCAUUUAAUCUGAAGUGAACAGUGACUGCUGCUGCACGACUGUUUUGUUUGUUGGCUUUGUUUUUUUCCUCUGCAAAACCGUGGCUUAUUGUAGCUACAAUUUAGUCUUUUUCAGGCAAAAAACAUCCUUCCAAAGUUUUGACAGAGCAGCCUACAUACCAGGCACCAUGAAAUAAGCAGGAAUUGAGUUCUCUAUUGACAUUCCCAAAUUAAUUGGUGGCAGUGGUGUGAGUUAGCAUCAAGCUGCUGCCAUAGUGUACAGCCAAAGCAUCCACUCACUCCCUCUUGACUCCCAGGCCAGCUUUGCAGAGCUGCCCCUGUAGGUCUCCUUGCAACAUGCAAUACUGUAGCAUUGGUAUGCAUCACUGAGAUACAUGCAUUGGUUGCUCCCAUAUUUAAUAUUUAACUUACAGCACGCAAAGUUACCAGUACUCCAGUCAGCCACCCUGUGUAACAAGUCCAUUUUGAAUAAACUCAUAUAUAUAGCUUA